UGGCUGGCGCAGAAAUUUGAUUCUGUUUCGUUCUCUCCUUUCCCACCAUCUUUGUUCGUCCCUGUCGUUCGUCUUCAGCCGCGUGCACCGGUCGCCGCGGUUAAAGAAAGAAAGGAAGAUCGAAUAAACGUUUCCCCAGGGAAGUCGUAAACGGCGUCCAGAGCCAGCUCGUACAGUUUCGAACAGUCUGUCAGUGACUGUGCUUUCGUGAACACGGUUCCCGUGCGUUCGACCUGUGUACGCGUGUGUGCGUGCCGGUUGAAAAACAAGAGUUGUUACACACAGACUCUAACCGACUCUCCUGGCAACGCGGUGUCGCCCGAAAACAAUGACUGUACGUUCGACGACUGGUUAGAAGCAACGAAGAAAUCCACCGGAAAACCGUUCGAAUCGCAUCUCUUUUGUCGAUCGAGGCCAAACGGCCACGCUAACUCGAGGAACGGCUCGACUUGAAUCAAACUUCGAGAGGGCUAGCAGAACGGAGCUGCCAUCUCAGCGACUCCUCCACAUGUGGACAUCGCCGUCCCGACUCAGGAUCGGCCGGGCACCCAGGAAAAAGACGACACCUUAAAGCAGAUAGCUGCUCCUCCUGCAGCUACCGCGACUGGUGAACAAUGGAGAACACCAGGAGGAAGCUGUCCUUCCUUGGCUUUGGUAAAAGGGUAUCGGUCGACGGUCAUGGCGCGGAAACGGGACCGGAACUCGACGAGGAGAUGGAGAAGGUAUUCGCGAUGGACACCGGAGAAAAGUUCGACGUAGCCCGACUUGGCUCGCCUUCCGAAUCGGCUGGAUCCGAUCGAGAUCGAGAUCGAGGACCACCACCACGUUAUGGAGAUCGCGACUUCAAUCAGCACCGAAAAAGAAGUUACCCUCAUCCGCAUAUGCCCCUGAAAAGCAUUCGUUCCAGAUCUAUGCGACGACACCUAUCAUCGGAAGGGUCCACGACAGCAGAAAUCGGGCAGGAAGAAGAGAACGGUCAAGUUCAAACGGGAAAUGGCGGUGGACCGGAAGGAGACGCUAUGGAUGCCGCUAGUACGGCACACGACGUGGACGAAGAAACUGCCGAGGAAACGGAAAACGUGGUCGGCAGCGAGGGCGAGGCGCCGAUCUCGGAAAGGGCUGCUUCCGGUUUCAACGAAAGUCCCACUGUUGGCACUCCACGCGUACAAUUCGAGAACAUCAAGGAAGAAGAACUUCCCCCCUUUCAAAAAGACGAUGUAACGAGCGAUGCUGCACCCGGAACCACCCACGAAGAAGAUCGCAAGUGUCGAAGGCAUCAGAAACACGAGCACAAAAGACAUCACCACAAGUCGAGGAAGUAUUCGUUGCAGGAGGAUCCGCAAUGGAGAAAGCGGUCGGGAGCGGGUCUCCCGGAUGGCGCGGGCAUGUUGACCAGGAGAGUCAGCGUGCAACCGGAAGAAGCGAGCACUUUGCAGGAGCUGGACAUCGACGAUCUAGAGUCGCACAGAAGCGACGAUCCUCGGGGAAUGAGGCGUCACAAGGCGGCUCAUUUGACCGUGCAGAUCGGUCGAAAAAAGGAGGGUGGCAUACCCCAUGACACCUUCAAGAAGAUGUACGAUCACUCGCCUCACGAGGUGUUCGUCCAGCUGGACGAGUUGCACGGUUUGGGUGAGGAACGGGAGUGGAGAGAAACGGCUAGAUGGAUCAAGUACGAGGAGGAUGUCGAGGAGGGUGCGGACAGAUGGGGCAGGCCCCACGUCGCCUCCUUGAGCUUCCAUUCUUUGUUGAAUCUUCGUCGAUGUUUGGAGACCGGUGUGGUUCUUCUGGAUCUCGAGGAGAAGGAUGUGCCUGGUUUGGCGUACAGAGUGGUCGAGCAGAUGGUGAUCGAGGAGCUGAUACUACCGGAGGACAGACCGGUGGUGAUGAGGGCUCUUCUUCUUAGGCACAGACACGUCCAUGAUCACGAUCGUGGAUUCCGGUUUGGCGGCAAACGGAAUUACUCCAGUUACACCAGUCUUCAGUCCGUCGGUCUGGAGGAAGAAGAAGCUGCGCGGGAAGCCUCUGAGAACCAUGUAACCCAACAUAACUUGAACGACACAAAACCGAAGAUCUUGUCGUCGAAUUUAGCCCUGGACACCAAUCACACGGUGGUAGACAUGAAGGAAGAGCUGACGUUUACGAGCAGCAACGAAGACUUGAAGAGGAGCCAUAACGAUUACAUCCUGAAAAGGAUCCCAGCUGGUGCCGAGGCGACGGUCGUGUUGGUCGGUGCUGUUGAUUUUCUGGACCAGCCGACGAUCGCUUUCGUGAGACUGGCCGAGGGUGCGUUCAUGCCAUCGAUCACGGAAGUCACGAUACCAGUAAGAUUCAUGUUCACGUUGCUGGGGCCAAGGAACGCUGAUCUAGAUUAUCACGAAAUCGGUAGAUCGAUCGCCACGCUGAUGGCCAAUACGUCGUUCCAUAAAGUCGCUUACAAAGCUAACGAGAGGCGUGAACUUCUGUCCGCGAUCAACGAGUUCUUGGACGACUCGAUCGUUUUGCCUCCCGGGGAUUGGGAACGACAAGCGUUGCUGCCGUUCAACGAGUUGAAGGCGAAAAGCGAAGCGAUCAGGCAACGAAAAGCUAAAGCGCUCGAGGAAAAGAGCAAACCAAUUCAAAGCGAGGCCGCUGUCAAGAAGGCUCUUCUUGCCGGCGAAGAAGAAAAAAAACCUCCCGACGAUCUUGAUCCCUUACGCAGAACCAAACGUCCGUUCGGUGGCCUGAUCAACGACAUCAAAAGACGUUACCCCUAUUAUUUGUCCGACCUUACCGACGGCUUGAACUCGUCUUGCCUGGCAGCAGCCAUCUUCAUGUAUUUUGCUGCUCUUUGUACAGCCAUCACUUUCGGUGGUCUGAUGAGCGACAAGACGCAUAACAUCAUCGGUAUAUCGGAGACCCUGAUUUCUGGAUCUUGGACCGGCAUAGUAAUGGCUCUAUUCUCGACUCAACCUCUGGUCAUCAUCGGUACAACCGGUCCUCUCUUACUGUUCGACGAAAGUUUGUACAACUUCUGUCUGGCCAAUGAGCUGGAGUUCUUAACCGUAAGGGUGUACGUGGGUGCGUGGAUGGGGAUCAUAGCCCUGGCCAUUGCUUGCGUCGAGGGGUCCGUCUUGGUCAGACUAUUCACCCGUUUCACCGAGGAAAUCUUCACCGGUUUAAUUUCCAUCCUCUACAUUGUCGAGACUUUUAUCAAGCUUUACAAUUAUUUUGUGAAGAAUCCACUUCUCGACGAGUACAGUUUCAUUCCUGAAAAUAACCUGACAUCAUAUCAAGAACCACUGAACGUAGCUGAGAUGAAGGUCGUUUCUCCCGAAACCGGUGACACGAUAGUCAUUCCACUAGAAAAACCUGAUACUCUGAUACCGGCCUAUAAUGCCGCCGGAUUGUUGAUCAAUCAACCGAACACCGCGCUUAUGUGCACUAUCCUAUGUCUCGGGACAUUUCUCGGUGCUUACUACCUGCGUAUUUUCCGUAACAGUCAUUAUCUUGGACGAAGCGCCAGGAGAGCUUUCGGUGACUUUGGUGUACCGAUCAGCAUCAUCGUGUUUGUGCUGAUAGAUUACUUGGCCAAAGUGAAGACGGAAAAGCUGUUGGUUCCAGAAGGCCUGUCACCGACUGUACCUGGUAGAGAUUGGAUCGUCUCACCCGUUGGAAUGCAGAAACCAAUACCACUGUGGAUGGCCAUGGCUUGCAUCGUUCCAGCAUUAUUGGUUUACAUUCUCGUUUUCAUGGAAACUCAGAUCUCCGAGUUAAUCAUCGACAAGAAAGAGCGAAAACUUCGUAAGGGUAAUGGCUACCACAUGGAUAUAGUGGUAGUGUGUUUGAUGAACGUUGGCUGUGGUUUAAUGGGCGCCCCGUGGUGUUGCGCUGCCUCGGUCAGAUCACUGACACACGUGUCGGCGGUGACGGUGAUGUCCCGCACUCACGCUCCUGGUGACAAACCGCACAUUGUUGAGGUAAAGGAGCAAAGAGUGAGCGCUUUAUUGGUCGCUAUAUUGGUCGGCGUGAGCGUGUUGAUGGCGCCACUGUUGCGCCGUGUACCAAUGUCCGUCCUAUUGGGAGUGUUUCUCUACAUGGGUAUAUCCUCGACAACCGGCGUACAACUGUUCGACCGCGUUAAGCUGUUCUUCAUGCCGGUUAAACACCAUGGCACGGCCAAUUACGUUCGACGCGUGCAAACUUAUAAGAUGCACAUCUUCACCCUCGUACAGAUUCUGUGCCUGGCUAUACUGUGGAUCGUGAAGAGCACCAGGGCGGCCUUGGCGUUUCCGUUCUUCCUCAUUCUUAUGAUACCUCUAAGGGCUCAGAUGAGCUACUUUUUUACCGCGGCCGAGCUACGGGCACUCGACAGCAAAGGAUCGGAACACGAGAGCACAGAGGACGAGCCAGAUUUUUACGAAGAAGCUCCGUUACCUGGUUAGAUAGUGCCUUAUUCAACCUUUCCUUUAUUAUACACCACCUCUCCUCUCCUUCCUCCUCCUUCUACCUCUAUUGGUUUUCCUUCUACCCUUUCCACAUCCUUUAUUCUCCAUUGUUUUCAGAUCUGUUCGUGCUUUCUGUCACGUGCACAUACACUCCUAUCACGUAUCGUAGAACGACACUUGAAUUACUAUAGCGUGAAGAAUUUUCUCGGAAAGUCUAUUUUCGUGAAAGAGCAAAUAUCUAUACCGAUGAGGAUUAAGAAAAGGGACGUAGAUAAGGGAAUAGAUAAGCGGGGGAAUUUUAAUUCCCAGAGCUGGGUUAACUCGUUAAAUUCGAAAAAUUUAUUUUUUACUACAAAAUUUGUAAAUAAUCGAUAACGAUAUCGCGAGAUGAAACGGUUGCAAAUGCGUUUCUUGUUACGUGUAUCUUAGAUAUGUGUUGGUACUUGACAUUAAACUUUAUCAAAUCUUGUUGAUCGUACAUGAUUAUAAACGAUAAAAGGCAUGGUUGAUUAAAAAAUAUACUAAAAUCAAUAAAAGGCUCACUUGCAGAUAAUAAAAGACAGAAAAACUAUUAAACGCCUACACGUUAUCUAAUAUAUUCGUAAUGAAUGCUUGAGAUUCGUUUCAUCUUUCUUUAAUUCGGUGGGAAAAAGGUGCCUCAGAGUGCCUCUAAAAUAAAAAAAUAGAAUGGUGAUGAACGACACGUUGCUCAGGAAAAUUUAUCGCGCAUAGGCACACGGAAUACAAGAGUGCCAAAUCAAAAGAUGGUAAAUUACUUAAAUGGUGCUGGUCCGUCUACACGGAGGUAACAUAGGCGAAUGAAACUAAGUCUUUUAUAAAGAAAUAUCCGAAUAGUUCUCAUUAACUGUUCUCGUCGAUGAAUAUUAUAUAUCUGUAAUUUCUUUGGGACCGUAACUCAUUAGCACUGCGUGCAAAAAAUUACAAUCAUUUAGCAAUAUCCGUUGAGUAUGUGCUCUAAAAUUACUAUAUCUAGAUGAAGAUGGUAUUUUAUAACAACUUAAGAAAUGAACCUAAAUGUUAGGAGAAUGUAAAGAAAAAAGAAAAAACAAAGAUAUAGUUUGUACCGUGUUUCAACUAUAAAUAGUUGAUAGGUCAGAUUUAUUGUCCUGCCAAUUACAAACCAAUUCAUCUGUCGCUGAAAUUUAUUUUCAUAAAUAAAAUCUUCUAUUAAUGGUUCUUUUACAAACUUCUUGGCAAUACUUUUACAACAUUCAAUUGCUAUAGAUAUAUUUUCUAUAUUAUAUAAGAAAAGCAGUUCAUCAUCAUGUAAUAACGUACGUUUUAUUUGUUCGUUUAUAUUACAUGAACAUUUAUUGGUUCGAUAAUUUUGAAGAUUGAAAUUUCAAACGAUAUUCAGGAAAUGAAUAUUCUUUUUUGAUUUUUAAUUUAAAAAAUACGCGUUUUGUUGCACAACCGCAGCAAUUUGCAGAAAAGGUACUAUCAACAACAUUUAGAAAAGUACCUGACAACAUUAUUAAACCCAGAGGAAAACAGCUUCAAGGUUGAAGCAUUUAAAGAACUACUUCCGAAAAAACUUGGGUCGCCUUUAAGUCACGUUUACUAUAUGCAGUUUUUAUUUAACUCAGUCGUGUACUUAUUUAAACAUAGUAUAUAAGCGAAAUUAAAGUUAAUGAAACUAAACUGUGCAGGUGAUAAAACUCCUUUAAAUACUUACCUUAUACUUUAUUUUCAAUGUAAGAAGUGAUCAGUAUUGGUAGGUAUUUUGCCUCGGUAACUAUAUUAGUUUUACAAUAGUAGUGCGGUAUUUCAAAUGUAAAGUUUCUACACUUUAAAUGAGACCAAGCUGUAAUAAUAAUAAUAAUACAUCAUUGUAUGUUAAAUCCGUGCAAUAAAA